CCUCGUCCUGCUGCCGACCAGAGGGGGAGUGGAGCCGGGCGGAGGCAGGUAACAACGGCGGCCCCCGGCUUGGUGGACGCAUCCCUGCGCAUUCCUUCACCAUGCCGGACCGGGGUGGAUGCUGUCGGCAAGCUAGUAGACAGGGACAGCCCCAUUUAAAACUCCGCAUGUCAAAGUUUGCAUUUUCAUGACGCAGCAGCAGCAGAGUGGAUGGAUUAAAGGUAUGCAGGAUGCCUUGAGCCCGAGACCCUGUGCCAUUUGCUGGUGAAUCCACAGAGUCCAAGCAGAGACUGCAUGGAUUGAUGCGCCAAACAUGGGAGACCUGGUUUGUGGGUUUGAGGAAAUGCAAGGAGUGAGACUGGGAUACCUGCUCAUCAAAGGCAAGCAAAUGUUUGCUUUGUCUCAGGUCUUCACCGACCUGCUGAAGAACAUCCCUCGGACUACGGUGCACAAGCGCAUGGACUACCUGAAGGUGAAGAAGCACCAGUGCGACCUGGAGGAGCUCCGGAAGCUCAAGGCAAUAAACUCCAUAGCUUUCCAUGCCGCUAAGUGCACACUUAUAUCGCGGGAGGACGUGGAGGCUCUGUACGUCUCCUGCAAGACGGAGCGGGUGUUGAAGUCCGCGAAGAAGAGGAGAGCGACAGCGGCGUGCCCUCGCGCGGACGACGACGACGACGAGGAGGAGGAGCACGCGCCCUCGGGUGUCCUGUGCGCGGACGCGGAGCUGAUGUGGAAGGAAAAAGUUUGGUUCAGUUUGCACGGCGUCCCAGAGAAUCUCGCGCUGCACGGCAGAACGGGGAGGAGAAGGGAGCUGAGUCCUUCUUCUUGCCUUACCGACGCCAAACUACCUCAAUUUUACCACAAAGCCCACGGACGGGAUUGCCGUUGGACGACUAAAUCCAGCCACAAACACGUCAAAAACUAUGAAACUGAGAAAUUUACAGGGAACAGAUUUGCUGUGAGCCAAAGGCACGCGUUUUUCCGGCAGCCGGUCUUGUUUCAGUCCGCCGCCGCAGCAGCUCAGUCCAGGCUCUCGCGCUCAGCCGGCGACUCGCUCCACAAAAGGAAGAGGAGGCGCGAGGGGGGCGGCAGGAGCAAACACGUGCAUCUGCACGCGCCGCCGGUGCUGCUAGUCCAGCCCAAAUCCUCUGGAGCUUCUUUCGGUGCUUUCCAUCUCACUCCGGAUUUCUAUCUGGACCCGCGACCUCACCACCAUCACCACCACCACCACCACCAUCACCACCACCACCACCACCACAACAACAGCAGCAGCAGCAACAACAACAACAACGAGCCCGGCUUCGCGGAGAACUACAGCAGCGACACCGAAUCCUGCAGCACAUACUCGGACCCACAGUGCCAGGACUCGGACUUCGGCUCCGGGUUCUCCAGCACCAGCAGCAGCAGCUCGGAGGAGGAAGAGGAGGAAGACGACACUCAGUCGGAAAGCUCAGAGGUCAGCUCCGACGAAGAUGAGGAGAGUUCCACUCAGUCCGACUCGAGCUCCGUUUCAAGCCGAGUUUCGGUCCAAAGCAUCCGGUUCAGACGUGCACGGGUGGGUCUGCACACCGGGAAAGCACCUUUGGUCCUGCAGCCCACCUUUCACUACAACAACCAGCAGCACAAGACGCUGAGUCAUGGCGACAGCAGGCAGGACAAACAUCAAAAAUGUUACUUUGGUGAACCACGAAAGGACUCUUUACAGUUAAACCCGGUGGCUAACGGGAGCAUUUUCACCGAGCCCGCAAAAGAAAAAGCGUUUGAAUGUGACCCAAACAGGACUGAAGAGGAGCCGGUCCCUUACUCCCCGGGGCUCGACCCGAACAAGGCCUCUCUCCCGGCCUCAUUCAGGUCCCGGGGGUUCAGCGCACACGCUGACCCCAGCAAGCUCCAAAAAUGCGUCGACAAGGGGGAGAAGCUGAAACCGAGCACCCCGCCGAAAAGAAUAAAGACCGAGUCCGAGGAGCCCCACGCAAACGCGUCCCCCUACCCCGACAGCGGCAGGACAGCCUUCAAUCUCAGCAAUGUGAAAAUAAAAGUGGAGGAAAGCUGCGAUGAAUAUGAAUACCUGCAGAGCCAGGCCGCUGUGGUCAAAUGUAAAGGAGAUAAGGCAGAUCUCAGCGGAGCCAUCAAACAUGGAGGCUUUUCCAGCAGCGGGAUUAAAGCCGCGGAGAAAAGCCCCGACGUGGCCCCCAGGUUCCCCUGCGGUCCUCAGGAAUGCAGGAGUAGCCAGGACGCCCCCAGCGUAGAGGAGGGGGAGCAGAGAAACAAAACCUGCAGGGCUCCGGGGCGGGAGGCAAAGAAGCCCCGAAUUUCCCGGACGCACACAAAACAAAACGUGCCUAGAGUCAACGAGGCUCCCUCUUCCUCUUCCUGCUCCUCAUCUUCUUCGUCCUCCUCCACCACGGAGGAUUUACGGAGCAGACGCAAACGCAGCACCGCCAGCAGCUUAGCAGCAGCAGCCGCAGUAGCAGCGGCUUCUCCAGCAAAAACGCCUUUCAGCCUGAUGGCAAAUUUCCCUUCCCCGCCGUCGCUCGUCGUUGACAGCAACGGGGAUUUGUGCCCUGCUUACUCACUGAGCUCACUGAGGGGAGCCGGGCCUCCUCCUCCGUCCCACCCCGUGUGGAGGUGGCAGCCAGGCGGCCAGAUUCUCCCUCCCCCACUGCACACUCAGAGAACGAGGAAAUACUGAGCUGAGACAAAACUAAAAGUCCCAACUAUGUCCAUUUCCACGUACCCUGUGUCUUAAGGUGAUCGCUCACCCCUUUUGCCUUUGUUUGUUUUAUUUUUCAAACUUUUUUUUUUCCUUAUCUGGGAUUUACAUUCCGUUUUUAUUCUCCCCCCUCAACAACCCCACCCUCACUUCCCUGAAGAAAAGCCACAAGAUCCCACUUGAAGCCUCCACAGGACUGUGAGACACAUCUCGUGGAUUAAUGCCCGAAAACCUCCUUUGAAAAUAAGCUAUUCAAUCUAAGCAAUAUGUUUUGCUCCCCUAUCUUUUUUUGUUCGCGUAACCUUCUUUGUCGGUUUUCCUGGUUUGCUCGACCUGUUGGAUUGUCUGGUAGCAGGGUUUCACUGGGGUUGUUCUUUGUCUAAAAAAACAAACAAAAAAA